CCGAUGCUGCUACUGUGCGGGGGUAGCUGGAGGCCCGCAGCGACACAGAUGGCCCCCCUUUGGACCGAUGGCUGAUGCAAACCUCCCAAGCGGUCCGGCCGCGCGCGCUGACGCCCUGGAGCACGACGGCGGCGAUCGCCCGGCGCCUCAGACGCUCGGCUGCAGUCCUGGAGCAGCAUGUGCCACAAGUGGGAGCGCAGGUCGUGGUCUGAAAGAGUGGUUGAGGGAGCAGUUCUGUGACCACCCCCUUGAGCUCUGUGAGGACACCCGACUCCAUGAUGCUGCGUAUGUGGGGGACUUGCAGACCAUUAGAAGCUUGCUGCAGGAAGAGAGCUUCCUAAGGCGUAUCAAUGAGAAGUCCGUGUGGUGCUGUGGUUGGCUGCCUUGUACACCACUGCGGAUCGCUGCCACGGCUGGGCAUGGAGAUUGUGUGGAAUUCCUGAUCCAGAAAGGGGCAGAGAUUGAUCUUGUGGAUGUGAAAGGACAAACAGCCUUGUAUGUCGCUGUUGUGCACGGGCACUUGGAAUGCACACAGAUCCUUCUGGAGGCUGGCGCUGACCCCAACGGGAGCCGUCACCACCGCAGCACCCCCAUCUAUCACGCUGCUCGGGUUGGCAGGGCUGACAUCCUGAGAGAGCUGAUCAGAUAUGGCGCCGAUGUGGAUGUUAAUCAUCAUUUGACCUCUUCCCGACAACUCACAUCCCUUGUGGUCUGCCCACUGUAUAUUAGUGCAGCCUAUCAUAACCUCUCAUGUUUCGAACUGCUUCUGCAAGCAGGAGCCAACCCAGAUUUCAACUGCUGUGGCCCAGUAAACAAUCAAGCAUUCUCCAGGAGCUCUGCAGCAUGUGUGAUGGAUGCAGUCUUGCGCCACGGCUGUGAUGUGGCUUUUGUCAGCCUCUUAAUUGACUUUGGUGCCAACCUGAAUCUGGUGAAAUGGGAAACUCUGGGGGAAGAAGCAACAGCAAGGAUCAAAGUAAACCCAGAAGCCAUGCGGGUGUUCAAAGAAGCCAGGAGGUGUCCUAGGAGUUUGAUGAGCCUGUGUCGUGUUGCAGUGCGGGGGGCGCUUGGAAAACACCGCCUCGACCUGAUACGUACUCUCCCAGUCCCAGACCCUAUCACAAAAUUUUUACUUCAUGAACAGUAAAAUCUGCUAUGAUGAUACAGAGGAAAAUUUCCUUUUGGGGUGUCCAUUUUUAAGAGUGAGCUAUUGAGAUAAGAGCAGUACUUCCUUAGCGCUGUUCAAUAUACGCUUUGGUCAAUGCCAUGAAGAUUCUUUUUUUGCCAUACUACCUCCAUUACUUACUCUUUGAAUGUGGAUUUUAGCAAGUGCCAGCCUGAUGACUAGGAUAUGAUAUAAUGCCUCAGUUGAAAAAGAUAGGAUAUGAUCCUGUAAGUUAGUAUAGGCAAUGUAUUUAUUAUUUUGUUUACUUUUUAAUAUUUAUUGAAAAUAGUCAUAUGCUGCUUAUUCAAAAACAUCUGAAAGUAGUUUCUGUAUUUAUUUAGAUUCACACCUACCUCUAAUGAGGGCUCAGGAUGAGUUAUAAACAGAAAGUAGAUCCUCUGGAAGGUUUCCAUUGAAAUUACACGCAUAACCUCCUUCGUUGAUUUUAUUUUGGUUUCAGCCUUUCUUCAUAUCUUAGCACACAACCAUCCCCAGCCCUGCUGCCAUCUACUUCCUACUCAUGAAUUUCAACCACAAGCUUUUUCUCACAUGCAACAUUUGCCAUGGCUUGGAAUUGCACCGGUGUGAUGGCUGCUCUCUAUGAUGAGCCAUUUCUGGAAAGCAAUUGAUGCAUGGGCUAGCUGAUACCAAACCGCUUUUGCUGCAGUUCAGUAAGCCAGCAAAAGGAAUGUGUUACAGUGACAUAAAGACAAACCACAUGGCUUGCUUAGAGCCGCCACCAUAUGAAUUCAAUUUUAAGCAACUCCCACAUGGUAGGCAUUAUGUGUGAAACAUGCCUUAUCUCAAACCCACCUGUCCAGUUCUCAUUCAUUAUAUAUCUUCUUCCUGUUCCCUAAUAGCUAUAUCUUCCCCAAAACCACAAUUUGCACAAUUUUCUGUUAAAUAGGUAGGUGAGUACAUAACCCAGUUCUUUCAGCCUAUUCAAACAAUCACCAGAAAGACCAAAGACUCUUUUGGUUUCCAGAGGAAAAACCAGCAUUAAUAGCAUUGAUUCCCAUUAGUGAAACCUGCAACUCUGUGUAGUUAUGCAGCUCUGAUGGUUAGAUUGAAGAGCUCCUAUGGGAUUUGAAAGCUCGUGUACCCUGCUCCAAUCGGAGUUUUGUAUGUCCUGAUGAUACAGAUGCACCACAAGCUUAUUAUGGCAGGUGCUGGGUCUCCUCACCCCUGAGGCCCCUAGAGUGGUACCAUUCUCCAUUGUCGCUGUCCUUAUUACCAGCAAUUCUGGUAUUUCUGUGCAACUUCUUUCAGCAAGUUGGCACACUGACAUUCUUCUCCAUUUGUAGCACAACUCAGAAACAGAAGUACAUGUUGUAUGAAUGAGUAUAAAACAAGCCCCAUCAGUUAGAAACCACUAUCGUAUCGGGUAGUGCAAGAUGGCUGGUUGGACAACAUCUAGCUAUGUUCAGCUUGGCAUAAGUAGACAAAAAUGUAUUUUGAAGAUCCUCCUGCUCAACACAAGACAGACUUCAGAAAAACCUGCAUGCCCAGGGAUGCAGGUUAAAUAAAAUGUGCAGGACAGGAUUUCUGUGUACACUUCUGCCACAUAUGCAGUUUUAACACUUGCGUGCCCACAAAUAUCUGACUAAGGCUCUUGUAGUCCUCCUUGAAUAAUUGACUGGUUCUACUGAGCAGAAUCAUUACAUUCCCUAUUAGAUAUUUCCCCAAUGUAAAUAGAGUCACUAAACAGUAACAGUGCAGCCCUGUGCAUUUCUGCCCAGAAGGAAGUCCUGCUGAGUUCUUUCUACCAACAAACUGGCCAGCAGUUAAAGUUCUCCCCUGCAGAGGAGGGCAGGAUGCACUCCAGCAGAGCAAAGCUCAGGGAACCAAGGUUCAAUUUGGAUGCCAGGAAGCACUUCCUGACAGUUAGGACCCCAAGGGUUGGAAUGGGCCUCCAUGGGAAGUGGUUGAAGCCCCAUUGGUGAGGGUGUUCAAGGAUAGGCUAGACAUACACAUAGUGGGCAUGUCGUGAGCAGAGCCGGGGGUCAGACUAGAUGGCCUAGGAGACCCCUUUGGACUCGCUCCGUGUUCUCACAAAAAGUUGAAUAUAGAAACAAAGCUUAGCAGGCCUCUAAAUUAUGUAUAUUUGCAAGAUGAAUCACUAGGCCAAAGAGACAAGGAAUGUGAGAGACUGCACAAAAGGGAUGGGUUUGGGCAAUUUAAAUAAGUGUGAAUGAAACUAAUUUAGCAACAUGGUAGAGAACACAGGCAUAGGCUGGCACAUAACUAUAGUUAUUUUGAGUAGAAUGGGCAGCCACACGUGGCCUAUAAAUUCUGAAUUUCUGCAUAUAACCAUGUAACUGAGAAGCAGCAGCAGAUAUCAAGCAAGAAUUCCUAUUUAUUCAAGGACUCUUUUUUCAUUUGAACUGAGAUCAAUUUUAAGUUAAUUUUAGAUUGAUUCUUUUGAGGUUUUUUAAAACAGGCAAGGAAGCAAGAUAAUAUUUACUUAGAUUACAGUUCAUGAAAAUAAGAUACCUAAAGGAAGCAAAUUCUAGCUUUUAUAAACGCAUCUCAUGUAGGGCUGCAGCUUACAGACCACUGCCUCCUUCCCAUUGUAAACUUAGAGUCAAACCAAAUGGUAUAAAUAAAUAUGAGAUGUGUUCCCUUCUGUCUCCAGAAGACAUUUCAAAUCUUCAACCUUCCAUGGUGCUCAUGAUAGGCUCAAGUGCUGCAUGCCUUGUUAUUUCAAAACCAUUCUUAACAUUUUAAAGUUAAGCAAGUGGCAUUAUUUGCCAAUGAGCAAUACUUGCUAGCGACAGGAACUGACUUCUGCUAAUGUAUUUUGUGGCUACUGCCAUAAAAGAAUUUCAGCAGUGAUAACUUCUUAUUCCACGUGCAUUUUAGAGAAACCAUUAUGCUUAGCUGCACACAAGAGCCCUGUAAAGCAUGGGUCCUCAAACUACGGCCCGCGGGCUGGAUCUGGCCCACCAUGGCCAUUUAUCUGGACCAUCAUAGCUCGACGUGCGCACGUGGCGAGGUGCCGGCUUGCUUGCAAGGAGAUCGUUUUGGACUCGC